AUGCCUCAACUUCGUAACAAAAUACCGAAUGAGCUCAAAUUCCUUCUUGAAAACAGUAAGAAGCUCCUGCCCUCUUGCUCUGCAAGAGGAAAAACAAUUGCAGAAAGAAAUAAGCAAAGACGACGAGGAAUUCAGAUAACAGACGAAUCAGAAAAUCCUUUCGUGGUUUCUGAACAAGUAAAUGUGCCCGUGUUAGAAGAACAAGAAUCUAUUACGGAAAACGAUGAAGAAGAAAUGCAAGAUGAAGAGAUGGAUGCCGUGACAGCUCUUCGUGCAUUAGACAAAGAAUUUCCUCGAGUAGUGAUACCGAUAACUAACCCAGGAGGCACAGCUUCCUAUUUAAAAGUUUCUCCCCGGCAAAUAAAAAUAAGGUCGGAGCAGAUUCAAACAGCUCAAGAAAAUUUAACUGGAUCAGAGAGAUAUUUUGAAGAUAAUGCAAUGCAAGCAGGAAGAUUCAGAGCAAAGAAAACGUCAGACGAUAUUGUAAGUUCGAUCCAUAUCGAACCUGAACUUUCUUCAGUUAUUGAAAGACACGUUGAAGAAUUUAAUGAGAUUGAGAGUUUCAUUACCAAAUAUUUUACUCAAUGGGAAUUUCAGCUAAAUUUCAAUCAAAAUAUUUUGUUCUACGGAUUUGGGUCGAAAGAACGCAUCCUAGAACUUUAUCAAGCUUUUUAUAAUAAAAAGAAAAUUAUCUCAUGGUUUCAUUUUUACGGAAAUGGCGACUUAUUAACAUUGAAUCUUGCCUAUUUAACAUUAUUGGAGAAUUUAUUUGGUCCUAAAAGUAAAUACUCUAAUUUUACUUUGGUAAGAAAGGCGGAUCUUAUUCGUGAUUAUUUUAAGACUACUGAUGUAAAGUCAAUUUUCAAAAUAAUUAUCCACGAUCUAGACGGUUCCGUAUUUGAAAAUCUUGAGGCAAGAACAGCAUUGGUCUUACUCAGCGGCAUCCCAAAUAUCCAUUUACUUGCUACGAGUGAAAGUAUCAACUUUUUUUCCAUAUGGAACCUUAUCGAAGUAGAUAGAAUGAAUUGGCAUGCUCAUGAGAUAACGAGCUAUGGAAAUUAUAAAUUACCAAUGGCAAGCAAGAAAAAAUUAGUGAAAACCUGUCAAAACUUUGGAUUGGAGAAAAAAGAAGUAAAGUCCGUGCUAAUGUCGUUUAAUAAUCGCCGUCGUGAAAUGUUUUACACGCUGGCAAAUCAUAUUGUUGAAGCCAAAAGGAGAACUGACACAAAUUGGAACGUCAUAAGUUUGAAUAAAUUUUUCAAUUAUUGCAACAAAAACUUAGUUUGUCGUGAGAAAAAGAACUUUAAUCUCUACUUGGAGGAUUAUGUCCGUCAGGGCAUUUUUAUUUCGAAUAAAACUCGUUAUGGUGAAACCAGAAUUACCAUCCCAAUGUCCUUUCCUGAUAUCAAAGCAAUGCUGUUAGAUAAAGAGAUAUUCGGAUAUCUUAAUGGAUAA